UCAUCUUGUCUCUUGAUAACCAAAACCACUCGUUCUCACAAGAUGUUAAGCCUUGUGUCGUGUCUGUGUUUUCUCCCCUUGAUAGCCUCCUCGUACAAAUCGCCCCAUUUCUCCCCCAACCGUUCCACCAUCGUCCACCUUUUCGAAUGGAAAUGGUCGAGCAUCGCCUCCGAAUGCGAAAACUUCCUCCAGCACAAAGCCUACGCCGGCGUUCAGGUUUCACCCCCGAACGAAAACUUAAUAAUUGACGGCCGACCUUGGUGGGAAAGAUACCAGCCUGUGAGCUACGUAUUGAUUACGAGGUCCGGUAACGCGAGUUCUUUCGCUGAUAUGGUCAAGAGAUGCAACGCAGUGGGCGUGAGAAUUUACGUUGAUGCUGUUAUUAAUCACAUGUCGGCGGGAAAUGGGGUCGGGACCGGUGGCAGCGUGGCAAAUGCCUCGCAUAAAUUUUACCCAGGAGUGCCAUACGGCCCCGAUGAUUUCAAUAAAAAUUGCGAAAUAACCAACUUUGAUAAUAACGAAAAUGCAAGAAACUGCGAACUGGUCGGUCUGAAAGACUUGAAUCAGAGCAAGAAAUACGUGAAGGGCAAAAUAAUCGAAUACUUGAAUCAUUUAAUCGACCUGGGGGUGGCGGGGUUCCGAAUCGACGCCGCACGACACAUGUGGCCCUCAGACUUGAGAGAAAUCUACUCGAAUUUGAAAAAUCUAAACACUGAGUUUGGCUUUGCCGAAAAUUUGAGACCGUUUAUUUACCAGGAGGUGCCAACAAUGGACAAGGAAUAUACAAAAUUGGGAGCUUUGGUCGAGUUCAAUUAUGGGAAAUCGUUAAGUGAUGUGUUUAGAGGCAAUGAUAAAUUAAAAUGGUUGGUCAAUUGGGGCCCAUCGUGGGGUCUAAUCGAUGGUUCAGACGCUGUUGCGUUUAUUGACAACCACGACACCCAGCGGGACAAAAAUGGGCACAUUUUGAGCCACAAAAAAGCAAAGCAGUACAAGAUGGCAGUUGCGUUUAUGUUGGCACACCCAUAUGGUACGACCCGGAUUAUUUCGAGUUAUGCCUUCAAUGAUUUCAAUUAAGGUCCCCCGGCUGAUAAGACCGGUGAUUUAAUUCCUCCAAACUUUAAUAAGGAUAACACUUGUGGCAAUGGUUACGUCUGCGAGCAUCGCUGGAGAGAAAUCUACAGCAUGGUUCAAUUCCGGAACGUCGUUGCUGGGACCGGUGUUGAAAAUUUCUGGUCGAACGAUGAUCAGCAAAUAUCGUUCUGUCGCGGAAAUAAGGGUUUUAUAGUUUUUACUAAUUGGGGCGAUGUUAAGCGGGAUUUACAGACGUGUCUACCUCCCGGGAUUUACUGUGAUGUUAUAUCAGGAAGUCUGGAGGCCGGAAAUUGCACCGGGAAAGCCGUUAGAGUAAAAAGUGACGGCAAAGGGUUUAUUCGGCUGGGGGCGCUUGAGUUUAAUGGUGUCCUGGCGAUACACGAAAAGUCAAAAUUGAAAUAAUUUAGUCAAAUGAAUUUUAAUAAAAUUGCCUGGCGCUGAAGUUCUAUACAUACCAAAUCAACACAAACGUUUGGAUUAAAUCGAAAAAUAAAUUAUUUGUCCGCUCCAAAAUUGUAAAACAGGAAUAAAUAAAAUUAUUAAUGCGCCGGCAAGGUCAAUACAGCCGACCAUAACGUGUUUACGAAAGGAAAAUAAAACACAAUUAAAUCAAUCGAUUUAUUUUUUACUGUUAACAAACACCGCAACAACUCCUUCGAAGUCCAAUUUGUUUUCCAAAUUUCCUGAAAUAAUGCCACUUUAAAUUUUUUCAGUAAAAUUUUCUCUAUUUGCGAACGCAAUAAAUCCACUACUCCCUCGUGAAAACACAAUCUGUUGUUUGUUAUUUGACCACCAAUUCCCAAUCUCAGUCCCUGAAACUGUAUUCCUGAAAUCGACCAUGUUUUUCACUUGGAGCCAACGGUGUUUACACAUAAAACCGUUCCCAAAAGAAUCAUCCAAGUAAAUAAUUGGAGAUUUGAUGUUUUUGUCCGAAUCCAGCGGAUUUCCUAAUCCGCAAUUUUUAAGCGCUUUUCUUAAAACUCUAAAUAAAGUUGUUUUGUUGAAAAUGAAAAUAAUUAUUAAAUUCCUAAACUGAUUUAUUGUUUCUUAAGUAGGUUUUAAAAAUCCUACAGAUACUUUUUCAAAUUUUUUUACCAGUACGUGUAUUUAGUUUAUUUAGUUAUUUUAUAUUUAAUGAUUUUUUGUUUCUCAGGCUUCCAGUAUUUCAGUUUUUUAGUUUCUUUAUUAUCUUUUUUUUGCCGUUUUAUAGUUUUUUAAUUAUCACUUAUAGAUCUACAGAAUUUUACUCUUACUGUUUUUUAGUGUUUUGUGUUACAGUUUUUAAGUUUUUUAGCAUUUUAGCCUUUUAGUUUAUUGGUUUUUUAUUCAAUAUCUAAUGUUUCAAUUUAUUAGUGUUUAUUUUUUCAAUUCAAUAAUGAAUAGUUUAUUCAAUUUGUUAGUUUUUCAGACGUUUAGUUCUUUACAGUUUCAGACUCAAUAAUUUUUAGUUUCACAAUUUAAAAAGUUUCAUUGUCAAUUUUUUUAUUUUUUGAAUAUUUAAAGUGUGUUUUUGUUAGAAAAACUAAGCAGAAUUAACCAUAUAAUUUCUGUGAAAAGACGCGCUCUAAAACCGGUUCACUGGUGUCUUAUUUGUCUCAGAAAUGAGUAAGUGACCAAUAAAAAUAUAAAAAUCACCGCUUACCAGUGCACAAAAAAUUGCUAUUGAUUUAAGCAUUUGAAAUUUAUAAGUUUUGUUUUUAUUUAGACAAUUUAAUAAUUUUUGAAAAGCAAAAACAAAAUUUUUCUCUUUAAAAUAUUGAUAAUGCAAACGUUCCUGAUUUUGGUAUUAGUAUUUUUCCAUACAGUGAGUUCAUUUUCUAGGUUGAGAUAAAUAAUUCUUACAGAAAAACGAAACAAACAGCCGUACAUAACGUGUUUACAAAGGAAGAAUAAAACACAGUUAAAUUAAUCGAUUUAUUUUUUACUGUUAACAAACACCGCAACAACUCCUUCGAAAUCCGACUCCAAAAUCCUAACACUGGCGACUCCUUUACCAUCAACAACCACACUCUUGCCGGUGCAAGUCUUGUUGACCAAACUCCCCGAAAUAAUGUCGCAAUAAGUGCCGGCAGCUAGCCCAGUUUGAAUUUUCUCAGUCAAAUUUCCUCCAUUUGCGAACGCAAUAAAUCCAACACUCCCUCGAGAAAACGCAAUCUGUUGUUCGUUAUUUGACCACCAAUUCCCAAUCUCAGUCCCUGAAACCGCAUUCCUGAAAUCGACCAUGUUCCUCACUUGGGGCCACCGGUGUUCACACACAAAACCGUUCCCACAAGAACCAUCCGAGUAAAUAAUCGGAGAUUUUACGUUUUCGUCCGAAUCCUGCGGAGGACCUACGUCCUUGUUGUGGAAAAAGUAACUGGAAAUGAUCCUUGGCAAGCCAUAGGGGUGUGAUAGCAUGAAAGCUAGGGCCAUUUUGUACUGUUUUAGAGUUUGGUAGUUUAAAAUUUGGCCGUUUCUUUGGUUGUUGUGACUGUCGACAAACACAACUGAGUCGUUGGUUGGGAUGAAACCCCAGUCGGGGCCCCAAUUUUGCAAAUUCGUUAAAUUGUCUUUGCCGCUGAAGACACGACUUAUCGCCGGACUAAAUCUCGACUCGAGCACAUUUCCCAAUUGUCUGUGGAAUAAUUACGAAAUAUUUCUACAAAAUUAUGUGUUUUUUUUUUACCAAAAACUGGAACGUCUUGGUAGAUAAAAGGUCUGGUUUUGGGCGGGAAAAAACUCGUGUUGAGAUCGUUAAGUUUGGAGUAAAUUUCUUCCAAUUGUUCGGUCGCGAUGUAUUUAGCUGAAUCAACCCGGAAGCCUGCAACCCCUAGCCCAAUCAACUUAUUCAAAUACGUUACAAUUCUCAGUUGGACGUUCUGUGUGGACUGAAAUGAAACUUUUAUCCUCCACGAAUCGAAACUUCCCACUCAAAUACUUGGUCUAAGUCUCUCAGAUUAUUAAGUUCGCAGUUCCUCACAACUUCGGGAUCUAAAUAAUUCGGAAUAUUACAAGUAGGAUGAAAAUCCUCCGGAGUGUAAGGCACGCCGGGAUAAAUUUUAUCGUCGCUCAUUGCUUUAUUUCCUGCCGUGCCAAUUCCGGUAAAAGCCGCCAUGUGGUUGAAGAUCACAUCUGCAUAAAUCCUGGAAUGAUUUAUUCAUCGCGUGGCGAAAUCCUGAGUUUGAUUACCUAAUUCCGACUUUGUUACAUCUGGAAAUCAUGUCAGAGAGUUGGGAUUCGGAGCCUGAGCGAGUGGUGAGGUUGUAACUCACGGGCUGGUAUCUUUCCCACCAUGGGCGGCCUUUGACAAUCACGUUUUCGGCGACUGGCGAAAUCUAGCCAUUAAAAAGAUAAAAACGAGAUAAAGUGAUCAGCAUUUUUUAUUAAUUUCUACUACCGAAAAAAUAUUUUUUUUGCAAUAACUUUUAUUACGAAAAAAGCAAACAACACAAACUCGGUUUUGUCGAAAACUUAAAAUUAUCUAUAACAGAAAAAAAUUAAAAAGAAGUUAAUUAACUAUUGAACUUAAAUAUUGUUCUAAAUUUACUGUUGUAAAACUAAUUCGUUUUUGCGCAAAAAUUCAUCCCAACCUAGAAAAUAAACUCACUGUAUGGAAAUACAUACUAGUGAGAUUAAUAAAUUGUCUAUAUAAAUAAAAACAUAACAUAACUCAUAUUUCUAAUGUCCAAGUUAAUAAUUCAAAAGAUAUAAAGAACAACUGAGUUUUUGCUGAAAAACUUGCAAAAUGUUUGAGUUUGAACACAAACUAAUUGCGAGAAUCAAUCUGAGAAAACUGAGAAAACAGCGAAAUUCCGAACAGUUUAGCCGACAUUUACAAAAUAAUCAAACAGUUUUUUGCUCAGUUUUAAUCGUUUUAUGAUUGGUCAGUUUUACAGUUGGGAAUGCAAUAUCCCUCCCAUAUCCAAUGACAAACGCUUCAAUAGUCUUGCAACUUUUUGUGCACCAGAUAAACAAGUAGGAGGAGACUUUUAUAAUUUUCUUGGUCAAUUACUCAUUCCAGAGACAAAUAAGACACAGAACGAGAUUUCGCUUUAGAUGCGAAUAAAAUGAUCAAUUCUGCUUAGUUUUUGAAAUAAUUUAAUUUUUUUGACAACUACUUUUUUAAUUUUUAUAAUUAUAUUUUCAAUUACUCUUUUCUGAAACAAAUGAGACACCAGUUAACCGGUUUUAGAGACGGUGUUUCUCUCAGAACAGAAUUUUGUCUCAGAUGCGAAUAAAAUGAUAAAUUUUGCUUAGUUCUUAAAAUAAUUAUUUAUUGUGACAAGAACAUACUUUUUUAUUUAUUACACUGGUAAAUUGUUUUUUAUUUUAAACUCGAGGCUGAUAACAUACAAAAAAUUUUUAAAAUUAAGAAAUAAUUUAAUAGAAAAUUAAAUUAGGAGUCUAUAUUUUCAAAAAUAAAAGUUCAUACUUUGAUGAAAAAGAAACUAAAAACCUAAAAACACAAAAAACUAAAAAAAAUAUUGGGAUUAAAAUUCUAAAGAACUCAGCGAUUGAAGAACUGAGAAACUAUAGAACUGGAAAAGAGAAACACUAAUAAAUUAAAGCAUUAGAUUCUUAAUAAAAAACCAAAACACUAAGAGACUGAGAAAAAAAACUCAAAAACUAGAAUACAAAAAUACUAAAAAACAAUAAGACAAACAAUAAGUGACAUAAGCCGUUCUCGUCAAAACUAUAACACAAUUUGUUCUUUUGUGUUAAAAUAUAGCGUUUUCAUUAUGUUUUUUUUGUAAAUUUAUUUUAUUUUAAGCAAAAAAUCGUACAGAAUAAGCGGUUUUUUUGUAAAAGUAAAUCAUAAUUUGUUUUUUUUUGCCUGAAUAAAGCGUUUUCAGUCUUUUGGAUGUAAGCUUUUUUUUUUCUAACAAAGAAUCAAAAAAAUAUGACGUUUUGAGUAUGUUCAAAAAUAGUUUACUCGUUUCGCAGCAAGAAAUCUUAUGAAAUAAGCCGUUUUUAUUUAAACUAUUAAAUUUUUUAAUUGUUUUUUUGAACCAGAAUAAGGUGUUUUCGGAGUGCUAUCUGAAAGAUUUUUCGUUUUAAAGUAAAGAAUCUUUUGAAGUAGGCUGUUUUCAACCAGACUCUAACAUAAUUCGUUCUUUUGAGCCAGAAUUUAAUGUUUUUAUCUUGUUUGUUGAAAAAAGUUUUUAUUAUAAAAUAAAAUAUUUUCUGAUUUUUAGGCAAGAAAUUGUCUAAAAUUAACUACUUUCUUUUAAACUGGUUCAUAAACAUUCACUAUAGAAAGUAUAAUAAUAAUAAUAAUAAUAAUAAUAAUAUAAUAAUAAUAAUAAUAAUAAUAAUAAUAAUUGAGAAUUGGUGGUCGGAUGGUAACCAGCAAAUCGCCUUUGGGAGAGGAAACAAAGGAUUUGUUGCCUUCACCAUUGGGUACGACCUCAACCAGCAUUUGCAAACAGGACUGCCGGCUGGGUCGUACUGUGAUGUGAUAAGUGGUAACGCGGAAAAUGGGUCUUGUUCGGGGAAAACCAUCACGGUUGGAGGAGAUGGAUAUGCCGAUAUUUCCCUCGGAGCUAAUGAAGAUGACGGAGUGAUUGCCAUUCAUGUUAAUGCCAAAUUGUAAACAAAUAAACAGUAUUUAUUA